GCAAAGGAAAAAACAGAGAGAGAAGCAAGGUUGGUGUUGAUGGUGGCAAAUUCCAAACCUUAAAAAACCGGUCAAACCCAAAAGCAACGGUCAUGUGUAAGAAAUCCUCUCUCUCUCUCUCUCUCCGUAUAUUGGCGCCAAACGUGGAUUCAAUAUCAAACUUACAGUUACUAAACUUCAGGAGAGAGAGAGAGAGAGAGAGAGAUCAAAUCUAAGUUUCAAGGACAUUAACAAAAUCAAACCAAGACAGACAGAGACAGAGAGACAGUAAAUUUGUAAGAGAAAAAACAAAGCCAAAGAUCAAAAGAAACACGAAUAUGGCACAAGCACAACCUGAGGAAAAGCCUAAAGAAGAACCCCAAGAAAAGUUUCAAAUGAAAGAUGCCAUGGCAGCGAAAAGAACGACUAGUUGUAAUAGUGGUAGUAGCAAUGGCAGCAGCACUAGCAACAGUGUGACGUUCAAAUUCAAUGCGCAGGCACCAGAAUUCGUGCCUAGAUCGCAUACCCAGGUGCCCUUAUCGGGUUAUUAUUACCCUUGUUUCCACUAUCUUGGUGGUGCUGGUGGGUCUGAUUGGUUCUUUGUUGGUGACCAAGAACCUGCUGAUUAUUUGAUCUCUAAUCCUAAUCUUCCAAUCCCCAAUUGUUCUUCCAAGAAUUUGCUUACAGAUGAUCUACGCCAAAAGAUCAUCAGACAGGUGGAAUACCAGUUCAACGACAUGAGUCUUCUAGCGAAUGAAUCUUUGUCAAAGCAAAUAAGUAAAGAUCCUGAAGGUUAUGUGUCCAUAUCUUUUAUUGCUUCUAUGAAGAAAAUCAAGUCCCUCAUCACUAACAACCAGUUGCUAGCCCAAGCACUUCGGUCCUCUUCCAAGCUGGUUGUGAGUGACGAUGGUAAGAAGGUUAAACGUAAACACCCUUUCACUGAAAAAAAGAGAGAGGAAGUGGCGUCUCGUACUGUUGUUGUUGAGAAUUUGCCUGAAGAUCACUCCCAUCAGAACCUUGACAAGAUUUUUAACGUUGUUGGGAGCGUGCAGAACAUCCGGAUAUGUCAUCCCCAGGAAUCCAAUUCUUCCCGCUCUAAAAGCGAUUUUUUUAUGUGCAACAAGCUACAUGCACUUGUGGAGUACGAGGCGACAGAGAUUGCUGAGAAAGCGGUUGACAAGUUAAAUGAUGAAAGGAACUGGAGAAAGGGGCUCCGAGUAAGGUUGCUGCUUAGACUCUCGCCAAAAUCUGUUCUGAAAAGCAGAAAAUCGGAAUUUGAUGGCAUUUUAGAUGAAGAUGAAUCACCAGUCGCUGAAUACUCUGAAGAUUCCUCUCUGUCAAACAUUGCUGAAGCAAUUGAGAAUAAUGCUGAUCAGGAUAACGCAGUGGGAUCAAAAAAGGGGUGGGGUAAAGGCCGUGGAAAGGGCCGUGGGCGCGUUCAAAACCACAGUGGACGUGGCCUGAUUGCUGCAUGUCCUCAACCUGGCAGUGCAGUCCAAUGUGAAGCAUCUGUCAAACAGACGUCUAAGGGCCCAAGAAUGCCGGAUGGAACCAGGGGUUUCACCAUGGGGCGGGGCAAGCCUAUCAGUUCAGCUUUGGAGUGAUGGCUGGCGCAUUAUUUUUCAUUUUCUUUUCCUUUUUGUCUCCAUCUAUAUAUUAACCAACUAUUAUCUGAAUGGGCUCUGCGUUUCCUGAAGGUAGGAAAUGAUUGAGCAGCCAUGCAUAGUCUGGCCUAUAAUACGUUCUCAAUAAAUCGAGGUGUAUAGUUUUAGUACUGUUUGUAGCUACUUGAUGGUAACAAUUUUCUCCAGGCACAGCAGUUUUCUGGGUUAUGUUGAGUAUUCUGUUUUAAAUUUGUAAUAAUGAAAUUGAAAGGUUACAUCUUUUUCUCUC